CUAAAGAAACCCGAAUUGAGGAGGGAAAGGGAAAGAGCCUGACAGAAAACCUUAAUGCAAGGGAACAAACCCUCCUCUGUACAGACUUGGGCUGGACCCCUUCUCCCUGAGCCAAUAACCCCUUGGCAUGAGUCCUGACCCCUUGGCAGCUUUGUGCCCGAGACUCUUGCGCUGGAGGGGUCAGGGCACGGGGAACAUUUGGAAGAGAUCUCUCCGAGACUCCUGAGCGUUCGCUGUGUACAUUAGUCCGCCCUUUCCCGGUCAGGCGACUGGACAAGCCACUCACCCUCUCAGAGGAUAUGCCUGAGUCCAAGGCUCAGACGCAGCACAGGCCAGGAGGAGACGAUCUGGUGAUGCUCCUAGGCUGGUGAGAAGCCAGGUCUAAGAGGCGGUCACACAGCAGAGGCCGGCGGAGGCACGGGAGGAGUCAGGAUGUGAAGAUCUUCCGAGCCCUGAUCCUGGGGGAGCUGGAGAAGGGGCAGAGUCAGUUCCAGGCACUUUGCUUUGUCACCCGGCUUCACCACAAUGAGAUCAUCCCCAGUGAGGCCAUGGCAAAGCUUCGACAGAAGAACCCACGGGCGGUGCGGCAGGCCGAGGAGGUGCGGGGCCUGGAGCACCUGCACAUGGACGUCGCCGUCAACUUCAGCCAGGGGGGCCUGCUGAGCCCCCACCUCCGCAACGUGUGCGCUGAGGCCGCAGAGAGCAUCUACACUCGCCAGGAGGACGUCCGGUUCUGGCUGGAGCAAGAUAUCAAGAUGAGUGGGGAUGUAGCCGACUCCACGGAUGCUCGCAGUGCCCUCGGCCAGGUGGAGACAGGAAAUGACCGAAAUGGCCUAGAUUUCAACAGGCAGAUUAAAACUGAGGACCUCGGCGACUCCCUGCAGCAGACCCUCUCGCAUCGGCCAUGCCACCUGAGUCAAGGAGCCACGAUGAUGCCUGGAAACCAAAUGUCCGGGGACAUGACCUCCCUCCAUCCGCUCCAGCAGCUCGUGCUCGUUCCUGGCCACCUACAGUCUGUAUCCCAGUUCCUGCUAUCUCAGACCCAAUCUGGGCAGCAAGGUCUGCAGCCAAAUCUUCUCCCCUUUCCACAGCAACAAAGCUCUCUCCUCCUCCCGCAGACUGGGCCUGGCCUGGCGUCGCAGGCAAUUGGACGCCCAGGGUUACCAGGAUCUUCUUUAGAACCUCAUCUGGAAGCGUCCCCACAUCUCCCAGUGCCCAAGCAUCUACCCAGCUCUGGAGGGGCUGACGAGCCCAGUGAUCUGGAAGAGCUGGAGAAGUUUGCCAAGACCUUCAAGCAGAGGCGCAUUAAGCUGGGCUUCACUCAGGGAGAUGUGGGGCUGGCAAUGGGAAAGCUGUAUGGCAAUGACUUCAGUCAGACCACCAUCUCACGAUUUGAAGCCCUCAAUCUGAGCUUUAAGAACAUGUGCAAGCUCAAGCCGCUGCUGGAGAAGUGGUUGCAUGACGCAGAAACCUCUCCAUCAGAGCCCUCGAUGAACACCCCCAGCUCUUUCCCCAGCCUCAGUGAGGUGUUUGGUAGGAAGAGGAAGAAACGGACCAGCAUCGAGACCAACAUCCGCCUGACUCUGGAGAAGAGAUUUCAAGAUAACCCCAAACCCAGCUCAGAGGAGAUCUCCAUGAUUGCAGAGCAGCUGUCCAUGGAGAAGGAGGUGGUCAGAGUCUGGUUCUGCAACCGACGUCAGAAGGAGAAGAGGAUCAACUGCCCUGUGACCACACCCAUCAAAUCACCCAUCUACAACUCCCGCCUGGUCUCUCCCUCUGGAUCUCUGGGUCCCCUCUCUGUCCCUCCUGUCCACAGCACCAUGACUGGAACAGUAACGUCAUCCUGUUCCCCUGGGAACAACAGCAGGCCUUCGUCUCCUGGCUCCGGACUCCACGCCAACAGCCCCACUGCAUCUCAAAAUAACUCCAAAGCGGCAGUGAGCUCCUCCAGUUUUAACUCUUCGGGAUCUUGGUACCGAUGGAAUCAUCCCACCUACCUCCACUGAGACCAAAAAGUUUCUCGGAAUCCACCUGGCCCUGUAUGUCCCCCUGGAAGGAAGGGAAUCAUGCCCUCUCUGAAUGGACAGAUUACUGUCAGAAGAGUGGAAGAGAAUCCCCACUGCCAUCCCAAGUUCUUGGUUCUUCAGGUGUGAGGGCCUCCAGAGAUCCAACUGUGACUAAACCAUGUGCUGGCUUCCAGUGCUCUUGAAACACAUUCCCCCUCUCCCCGAGGUGUUCCCUGUUUUCACCUUCUUUCCCCGUGCUCCAACCCUCUAGCUCUAAAUACUUCCCAUGGCUUCCCUGUGGCAGUCGUCUUUCCGAGAAAGGACACCUUGUCAUUAUUUUCCAACUCAUCCAUGGGCUUCUGGGGACAGCGGUUUGACUGGUGUGCCAAACAACCAGAGGAAGAGAUUAUGGCUUGACUCUGAACUUGGCCACAAUCGCUGAACUGAUCUCUAAAUUCUGUGAAAAGAUUGGAAUCUGAUGUCUCCACCAAAUCCUGGAUGCUUUCUGUUGAGCAAACCUUUCCGACCGAAUCUUCAUUUCACUCCAGGUUUUCUGUAGUCCCGACCCCUUUUCUAGAACCGAAUCCACUCAUGAUGGCCUUCUCCAGGUUCCCUCCUUUUAACAGAAGGCCGAGCUACCCUCAGUCCCCUGGGCGCGUUUCUCUGCCCAUAGGUGCUCUUCUGUGUGCUACACCUGCUCCAGAGUUCGGGAGUGUUAUUCCUUCUCUCCUUCCUUGUCCUUAUCUGGUCCUCCC